AUGUCAAGCUUUCCGCAGCCCAGCAUGAGAACAGAUCUUCGGAAGCUCUACAGGAGAAUUGACCGUCGAUUCUCGGCUCUCAACUCCUUCUUCGAGCUCAAGCCCUCAAGCAGUACCGACAUGGAGAACCAUAAGUGGAAACACGAAUGGGAAGAGUGUAAACGCUUGUCGACUAGAUUUGAUAAGUGGGCUACAACAUACAAACCCUGGAGGGCCGGCCAAGAGUACGACACGAAGCGCAUGAUGGGCAAGAAAAUGGAGCUGUUGGCGUUGUAUAACAAGCUUUACGAUGCUACUACGAAUUUGUGUAUUGGCACUAAGUAUCCCACUUUCUCAAUUGACUCGUGGUGGACAGUCGCUAAGCUCACGAGCAUGUCAUGGAAGGAUGACUUUGCGGACUCGUCAAGCGAAGAUGAACCGAACUCGCAGAGCGAUGAUGACUCGGACUCGUCAAGCGAUGAUGACAAAAAAAAGCAACGUCUGCCUCUUAAAGCCACUCCUCAACCGGUGCGAACCGAAGAUGCUAUCAAGAAGCAGUAUGUACAACUGCUCUUGAAGAUUGCUCACCAGGUUUACGAAUGCGAAAAAUUCCAGUUCGGACUGGAAGACUUCGGGCCAGGCUUGUACACAGCCCCGAACGAUGGAAAAGAUGAGGAUCCGAAUAGGGUGGUGUACAAAACGUUGUGCGAAAGCGAGGACGAGGACGAGAACAAGGACAAGGACAAGGAGAAGAGCGAGGACGAGCGCGAGCGCGAGCGCCGCGAGCGUGAGGCAAUGACCUUCAAGUUAUUCGAGAUCAUUCGGAACAAGGAUGUAGCGGCUCCGCCCAUGCUUUAUUGGAAACGCCACCUCAAGAAGCUUGUACCUGAUUGGGAGCCUAUAUCCUAA